GCUGAUGGCAGCCUAGCAACGAAGCAUUGGUUUAUAAAGAAGCUUAAGUCACUCCUUCCCAGGAAAAACAUAGCAGGUCACAGCUUUCGGGCUGGUAGCACUACAGAGUUGGUAGUACGGGGUGUUGAAUUAGCUCUCGUCCAAAAAAUCGGUAGAUGGUCUUCGGAUGCAUUUCAUAAAUACAUCCGGGCACACCCGGCUACGAAUUUAUUUUGGAAGACCACUGAAUCCUGCCAUUCUGCAUCCAUUCAUGUUUACAGCCGGCCUGCUUACGCAGGUGGGAAACCACCGGCUAAUCUUAAGCAUCAAUCUCAAGCAGCAACAGCUUGA